UGUCAAAAAAAUGGCCGCAUUCCCCGAAAUUUUUCCACAAUUUUAACCGUUUUGCUGGUUUUGUAAACAAUUUAUUAAAACGUUCAAGUGUUACGGUAAUGGCCACGGAAAAGGAUGGGCCGUUCCGGCUACCACCGCCAAAGUUCAGUGAUGAAACCAAGAAGUCUCUGGACAGUUUCACCAAGCUACGCAAUCCACACUUCUCGACACCAUCGGGUAUGUUACUACCGCGUGAUAAGCAACCUCCGCCAAUGUACGGUCCGCGUGGUUCAACGGUUCCACCGCGUUUCAUGACCCAUCAUCAACCCCAAAAACAUUACCGCCGAGGUACAGAUCGUGGAAGCUAUCAGUACCGAUUUUUGAAAGAUCCUCGACAUGGACAUCAGAAUCAGUACUUCGAUAAGGAUAUAAUUCCAGAGCUGUUGGAACUUGACUGGACGCUGUGGUGCGAAGGUUGUGAUGCGAAUUGCAAAACGGAUGAUGAAUACCGAAGACAUUUCGAGGAACAUAGAAACUGUGAUGUUCCGGGGUGCCAGUACGUGGGACACCCAAAGGCAAUGAAACGCCACUGGAGACUUGCACAUGAUGAAGAGAAACGUCUGGAGAAAGCUCAAAUGCAGACCAAACAGAGUCCAGAGGAGAUCGCCAGUUGGUGCGAGGAAAGAAGGAAGCGCUUUCCAACGAAAGAAAACGUCAAAAUGCGUCAGAAAGCGCAAGAGGAAAGAUUUAAGCGUGGUGAGAGAAUUGAGGAAAAUAAAAGCAGGUUUCCUGAUAGGAACCAGCCAGAUAGGGAACAUCCUCCAUUUCAUAUGAGAAGGGGUUGGGGUCGAUUUGGCCCAGGAAACAGACGGUCACGAAACAAAAACAAAACGGUACCUGAAAAAAUACAAGAUUCUAACGAUGAGGACGGCCUUAAUCGAGUUGGCUUCAAAGGAACAUCUAAGAUGAAAGAUUAUAAACCAAAACCAGUUACCGCUUUGUCGUUACUUGGCGUAUAUGGAAGUGAUAGUGAGGAUGAAUCGGGCGAAGACUCCGAAUCAGAGGAGGACGAAUCACCUGUUAUGCCAGAACAAUCUGUGAAACUUGUUGAAGAACGCGCAAUGCCUCAUAAUCCUGAAAGUAUGCACAUAAGCGACGAAGAAGUUGUUGACCGAAAAGAUUCUUUAUCGGAAGGCGAAAUUGAAUCAAGUGACUCAGAACACGACGAGGGAAAGGAGACACCUACAAAUAACCCUGAAAGUAUACAUAUAACCGACAACGAAGAUGAGCAAAAGAAUUCACUAUCGGAAGGUGAACUUGAAUCGAGUUCUUCAGAGCACGAAGAGGAGAAGGCGGAAUCUAACGAUCAACAAGCUGUAGUUGAAAGCAAGCCGAACAAACCGGAACAGGUGGGAUCAAAACGUAGACAUCGUUCGCGAAGACGCCGCCGUGCAGCUUCCCCCGAGCAGCUUAGCGAUGGUCCAACAGACCCCAAAGUGAUACGAAUAGAGCAACCAAUACUGGACUAUCGAAAACUUCGACGCACCCGCGAAAACACACUGCUGGAGAAGCUUUUGGAGCCAGACAUUCGACACGAGCGAAACGUUCUUCUGCAGUGUGUUCGGUUUGUGGUUGCAAACAAUUUUUUCGGAAUUGGACAACCGAAACCCGAAGAACCCAGUCGAACAGUUCAAUAAAAUUGGAAUGAUUUGUUGAAAA